AUGACUGCUUCAGCCAGAUCUGCCCUUAAGAAGAUGUCGUGGGCUAAUGGUCAAUCCUCUGGUUGGACAGCUUUUGAUCUCAAGCAGAGAAAGAACAACAAUCUUGAAUCUGAAGUUGACAAAGAUCAUUUCCCAGCUAUAGGCACUUCUGAUCAUAUAGUCAAGAAGAAACAUGUUCCUUCAAAGCCUUUCUCUUCAGUACUUCUGCCAACUAAAAAUUUCCCCCCGUUGAAAGAGGAUUUGAAUAGCAAAAAGGCAGUCUCUGGUUCUGAUUCAGAUGAAAGAUAUCAUGGGGCUACUUCUCAGGAAGAUGUUAAUUUAGCUAUCAAAAAGCUUAGAGAGCAGAAUCCUUGGGCUGAACAUAAUUUGAUAGACGAUAUCUUGGCUGCAGUUAAUAACAAUGUUGGUAAGGCCUCAGCUUUAUUGGAAACAAUGGCCUCUGCAGUGAAUUUUGAAGAAUACAAAGUUUCAUGCGAUCCUAGAUCAACUACUACAGAUGAUACCCCCUGUAAGAAUAAAACUAAUGGAAGUCUUACUUUGGAAAAGGUCAAGGAUCAUAUUCCCUUUGAUAAUAACCUCCAAGACAAUGAUAAAGACUUGGAGGAUAGAAAUGCUUCCCUAUUUCAAAAGUUUUAUGGUGUUGAUAACAUGAGAAGCAAAAUGAACCUCUUGAAUUCUGUUCCUUUUGAGCCUGAAUGGGAGGAUGAUGAUAUUUACAUCAGCAAUCGAAAGGACGCAUUGAGGACAAUGAGGUCAGCAUCACGACAUUCUAGGGCAGCUUCUAGUGCUUUUGUAAGAGGUGAUCAUUUGUCUGCUCAACAUCAUUCGAUGAAAGCUCAAGUGGAGUGGCGUACUGCUGAAGAACUAAAUUCUGAUGCAGCCAGAAAAAUUUUAAGUAUCAGGAAUGAUGAAAAUGAUAUUUGGAGACUUGAUUUGCAUGGUCUUCAUGCAACAGAAGCUAUUCAAGCAUUGCAAGAACAUCUCUACAGAGUUGAAAGCCAAGGCUUCUCAAAGAGUUCAGUCACUUCAAAUGGAGUGAAACAAAAUGGACUAAGACAUUCUACUCUAAUCAACAGUGAAAAAUUGGAUAUAAAAGCUCCAUUACGGCUUAGACCAUUAGCAUUACAUGUCAUAACAGGCGUUGGUAAUCACAGUCGGGGACAGGCUGCUCUUCCUACAGCUGUCAGAAGUUUCCUCAAUGAAAACAGGUACCGUUUCGAGGAGAUGAGACUAGGAGUAAUUACAGUGUGGCCAAAUCUUUAUGGUAAAAGGUUUUGUCCUGGACUAGAAAAUAAAUUCGAAAGACUUAAGCUUCUAUAUACGUAUAUGAAUUUCGUUCAAUUUCACAACAUGUACCCAUCAUACUUCUACCCUUCCAGUUUCUGUAGUACAUUUGCAACAAACUUCACUAGUUUGUGGUUCACCAGAAGAGAUAUCUCAAUUGAGCCAUUCUGUGAUCCUCCAAACUCCACUUCAAAUCUUAUGGCAAACUUUGGAACUACACAAAGAACACCCUCCACCACCACCACACCUUCAUCGUCCACCUUAGACACUUAUGAACCAAAAGGGCAUCACGAAAAGUUGUACACUGAUUUCAAAAUAUACUGGCCCUUCAACAUGCCCUUGACUUCAGAAGCUGCAGCACUUCGUGUCAUCAGAAACUUGGAAAACCUUGGCUUAUACUACACACUCUUUGUGUGGAUCAUUCUCUUCAUUGUCCUCAUUCCUCACCGUAAGGUGUCAUUGAUUUUGUUUGUCAUCAUGACCUAUGUGACAGCCAUUUACUGUUUACUUCUAAGGGCACACCCCAAAUCUGCUUUCCUUCAUAGAAGCUUAGACAAAAGGUUUGUGUUGGCUUUGCUAAUGUUUGCAACAGUAGGGCAGCUGAUUUUGACCGAGGCAGGGAUUCAUCUUGCUGUUACUUUGGCUUGUGCUGUGCCUUUGGUUUUGGUGCAUGCAGUUUUGUGGGUUAGUCACCAUUCCUUUGAGGUUGAGGAUGAUUCUUGUCCCAAAGAAAUGACUCCUCUUGCUUGCCAUAAUAGAUGUAGAUGUGGAGCCAAGGGUGUAGAGAAUGUUUAA